GCGUAUUUUCGAAGCUAAAAAACCCAAAAAACAGGCCUUUUUAAACCCUCCAAGCCUUCAUCUCUUUUCAUCACAUCAAACAGCCUUUUAUUCAGAGAGACAGAGAGAGAGAGAAAGAGAGAGCGAGAAAGAGUGCGCGAGAGAGAUAUGUCGACCCCGACCCCUCCCAGUCAAAACCAGGCUAGCACCGAAGAAGACAGGAAGCCCUCCGCCGAUGGUGCCCAUAUCAAUCUCAAAGUUAAAGGACAGGACGGCAACGAAGUCUUUUUCAGGAUCAAGCGUAGUACGCAGCUGAAGAAACUUAUGAAUGCUUAUUGUGACCGUCAAUCAGUGGACAUAAAUUCUAUUGCUUUCUUGUUUGAUGGCCGUCGUCUCCGAGGGGAGCAGAGUCCGGAUGAGUUGGAAAUGGAAGAUGGGGACGAGAUUGAUGCUAUGCUGCACCAAACUGGUGGUGCAGUUUACUGAGUAUUUCUCUGUUGGUUUCCUCUAAGUUUUUAAAGUUAGCAGACAUGUGUUAGGUUGUGCAAGGCUAGUAGUGUUUUAAGUAUUUGAUGAAUAGGUGUUUAAUCGACUCUUGUAAACUCUUUAAGUUAUCAUGAAUGUUGUUUUGAGGA